UUUAUUGCGGUGGUCUGGAAGCAAACUUGCAAUAUCUCUGACAUGUGCCUGUGUAACAGAAAUAACUCAGCUGUGGUAAUAGAAAUCAAAGCAUUGGUUUCUUGGGUGGGGGAGAGUACUGACUCAAAGAGGCACAAGGACAGUUACUGAGUUCACGGAUAUAUGUACAUGUAUAUGUGUAUGUAGGUACAAACCUAAUGAACUACACACUUAAUUACAUGUGUUCUAUUUUAUUUUAUGUACAUUAUGCCUCAAUAAAAAAUGUGUUAUAAAGCUUUAAAAAAAAAACCAAAAAAUUAAAGGAACUUUAAAAAUCCGGCCCCCUCCCCCUUUUCUUUCAAUCAUAGAACGAGAUCCUUUCCUUUGGCCAUGAUGAAGAGAAGCUCCUGGAAUAAGAAUCAUUAUGACUGCAACUAUCUAAUUAUUUCAUCAUCAAAAAAGAAUCUGACAUAAGACUGAAGUAGUAACAUACAAACUAGAGAGCACCAUGGAAUCAGUACUAGGUUAUCUAAUUCAUAAUUUCUCAAAGGUCUCAAAAUGUCCGGUUUGAACACUGUUUGACCUCUUAAGAUCCGCCAUGUGUCUUCCCAAACCAUUAUGGCAUAAAUAAGUGCCUCCAAGGAAAAAGCUGUAUAAAAUUCUUACAUGAUCUUAGGGGGAAAAGGUAAGUGAUUAUCCUUAAUUUCAACCAAACUGAGCCACCCCAAUUCCUUUUCUGCACACAGACAAUUGAAUAUUUCAUUGACUAAAUGACACAAAGGACUUUUGUAAACUUAAUGUCUGAAAAUCCAAAGUCAGUAUGAUGAGAACCUAAAAAUUACAACUGAACCUCCUGCCAGUGCUCUGUGUGAAUCAACUUUGUAUUCAAACAGUUUUGAGAAGGGGCAUAUAUUUUAUGCUAUUAUCAGUCCGAUCACCUUUCUUAGAAUGAUCCACUUCAUUAUAAUGUAUAAUGAAAAAUAAUAAUUUCCUUCAUAAGUAUGUAGUUCUUUAGAGCCUAUGCAUGUAUAUUCAUAGUUAUCUCUUUUCGCUGACACCCAACCUUGUAGGUUAGGCUGGGAAGGUGGCAUUUUUAUGUUUCUCUUAUGCAGACAAAGCUAUUUUAGAAAACACAAAUGAAGUCUAUAAAAUUUCUUGCAUAAGGCCAGCCAAGACCAUCCUAAGACUUUCUGCCGCUAGCUCUGACUCAGUUCCGUUUUCACAUAUAGAGAUAUCCAAGGAGCUAGCCAAUGUUGAUUAAAUUAUCUAGUUUUUGUCAUGGAGAAGCGGGCUUUACCACAGCUUACUCUGUAUACAUUGUGCUUCAUUUCAUCCACUUUCAUCUGUUUCUUUUCCUCCCAGGAAAGGAUGAUAAACAAAAGAAAAAUAAUUCUAUUGUUGUUGAUUUUAUUGUCUGUAUGGGCCACACAUAGGAAGUAUCAUUUCAGCACAAAGAAACUACAGAGGAUGUAUCAGUGCUGGUCUCUGAAUAAUCAACCAGAAGAACUACGGCUAUCAAACUGGUUUUAUCCCAUUGCACACGUGAACUUGACUACCAACUGGUCAGCUCCAGUUGUGUGGCAUGGCACUUACAAUGAAAGAGUCUUGAAAAAUUAUUAUGCAAAUCAUAAAAUUACUGUGGGGUUGACUGUAUUUGCUGUUGGAAGAUACAUUGACUUCUAUCUGUCUAGAUUUAUGUUAUCUGCUGAUAAGUUUUUUAUGGUUGACCAAAAAGUCAUAAUGUAUGUCAUGGUAGAUGACUUCUCCAGGAUGCCUUGGAUACAUCUGGGUCCCCUCCGCACACUCAAAGUUUUUGAAAUUAAACGAGAGAAGAGAUGGCAAGAUAUCAGUAUGAUGCGCAUGAAGACCAUCAGUGAGCACAUUGCAGAUCACAUCCAAUAUGAAGUUGACUUCCUCUUUUGCAUGGAUGUGGAUCAAAUCUUCCAAAGCAAAUAUGGCUUGGAGACUCUGGGGGAGUCGGUAGCUCAGUUACAUGCUUAUUGGUAUCAGGCAAAUACUACUAUGAUGCCUUAUGAAAGAAGUCAAUUAUCAGAAGCAUAUAUACCUGUGGGUAAGGGAGAUUUUUAUUACCAUGCUGCUGUUUUUGGUGGCACUCCCAUUCGUGUUCUAAAUAUUGCCAGCGAGUGCUUAAAAGGAAUCAUGAAGGACAAGAAAAAUAACAUUGAAGCAGUGUGGCAUGAUGAAAGCCACUUAAACAAGUAUUUCUUUCUCCAUAAACCCACUAAAAUCUUAUCCCCGGAAUACUGCUGGGAUUAUCGUCAAACAAUGACUUCUGAUAUUAAGGUUGUCAAACUAUCUUGGGAUGUUAAAGAUUAUCAGUUUCUUAGAAAGGCAAUGUAAUUUUAUAGUCCUUUUUUCAGGUUUCUGAAUCUAAGAGUAUUAUUUUGUCUUAUUACUUAGAAAAUUAGCACUUAACAAAUUUUAGCACUUCAAAAAAAAAUCGCUAGCAAAAUGACAAUCCCACUAACACAGCAAAUGCAUACUUACCCUCACAUUCAUUUUGAGUCUUAUAACACAGGACAUGGUAAUUGCAGAAUUAAUUUAUUGAAAUCAUAUGCACACUGAUUUCAUAUCUUGUGUGAAUUUUGAGGAAAUAUUAUUUGUUGGACCACAUUGAACAAAAUAGAUUCUGUCACAAGAAAAUGAAACCUGAAAUAAUUUGAGCCCAAUAGAUAUAUAUUACUUAUAAUGCCUAAGGAAAAGGGUGGUUCAGUGGUAGAAUUCUUGCCUGAACAUGUGGGAGACCGAAAGUUUGAUUCCUGGUCAAUGCACCUCAUGGACAGCUACCACCCAUCUGUCAGUACUGACUUGUGUGUUGCUAUAAUGCUGAACAGGCUUCGGUGGAGCUUCCAGAUUAAGAUGGGCUAGGAAGAAAGGUCUGGUGAUCUACUUCUGAAAAUCAGCCAGCGAAAACCCUAUGGAUCACAAAGGUCCAGUCACAACCAAUCAUGCAGAUGGCGCAGGGCUGGGCAGUAUUUUAUUCCACUGUGCAUGCGGUCAUCAUGAGUCAAGGGGCUGACCUGAUGGCAGCUAAUAACAACAGAGGCAUGGAUAAGGGAAAGUCACUGUAAUUACAGUAGUGGAAACCAAAACCAAACCCGUGGAGCUGCUGAUGGGUUCAAACCGCCGACCUUUUGGUUAGCAGCUGAGCACUUUUAACCACUGUGCCAUGGCAGAAAGAUGCAGAAGUCUGAUUCCGCAAAGAUUUACAGCCUUGGAAACCCUUUGGGACAGCCCUACUCUAUCCUAUAGGGUCGCUAUGAGUCAGAAUCGACCCUAUGGCAGUGGGUUUUCAAAUCAUGUAUAUCAUGUAAUUAGAUUUGUGGCCUUACCCUCAGCCGUGUCUGCCUUAUGACCACAAAAAAAAUGACACCAUAAAAGAUGCCUGGCUCUGUAUCCACGCCUUGAACUGAGAGUUUAAAUUCUAGGCUUAUCACUCUAUUUCUGUAAGCUCUCCAGAAUAAUCAGAAGCAGCAAUCCCAUCCUAGAGAUCUUGUACUCAUUAUAACCUCAGUGGUGAGUAUAGCAGCAGCUUAAUGUCCCACAGUCUUCCCGCCAACUGACACUUUCUCCCAAACACACACAGGUGAUAAUUUAAAUGAUCGUGAUGUCUCCUCAUGCCAAAGAUUUCUAGUAACCCUCCUCUACCUGUAAAGAGGUUUCAUGGGAUGUCAGACUCAAACAGGUGAUCAACCCAAUCCCAGAAUCCCAUUUUGAGUGUCUGUUUCUUAGAGUGUUCGGUAGAUGGUUUGCAAAAAUAGUCAUUAUUAUCCUCUUUUCGUAUUCAUAUCCUUUUGCAUUGUCUUAGCUGACGGCCAGCCAGCAGCCAGACAUGUGAACAUGCCAUACUAAACCAACAAGCCCUUCCUCAAUCAACCUACCAAAUGGCUGUAGAUAUAUGAGUGCUCCCCGAGCUGAGACUAGCUGAGGUGGGCCGAGAUCCGAAAAACCACUCAAUGACCCAUAGAGCUUGUGAGCAAAUGUAAAUAACUGUUGCUUUAAGCCGAUAAGAUUUUAGGUGGUUUGUUAUACAGCAAAAGCAAAUUGAUAUCAGACUACCUACUUCUAGUACCAGGAGCUCUAUCAAUCAGGGUCCAGUCAGGAAAAUCUGAGUAUUUCGAAUGCAGGAUUUUAAUGGAGGGAAUUGGCUAUGCAGGUGAUGGAAUUGCUAAGCAGCUAAAUGGGGCAGUGAGGAAACUGAGAAGCUGUGACCAUCCCUAGGGCAUAAGAAACACAGGAAGGAGGUGGUGUUACCAAAGCCAAAAGUCAGGUCAACAGUGGGAGCUGGAACCCACUGCAACCAGGGAGGGUGCUGCUGUCUGAUGGAAGUCAGAAUCACAAAGGAGACUUUGACUCCAACUUUGUGCUUUUUCUUUAAACUGUCUAGUGCCAUUAGAUGCAGCCAUUUAAACUGCCGGUUGGUCCUUGAUUUCUUUAUGUCACCCAUUUCAUGAAAUGAGUUAAUAUAUGUAGAGUGCUUAGGACAGGGCCAGGCACAUAGUAAGUGCUAUGUAAGUACUCACUACCAUCAUCAUCAUUAUUUUCAUCAUCUUCUCAUAUUUUUUUUAUUGUAGGCCAUAAUUGCCCUAAAGCCUUUGCCUUCAAUGAGUACCUCAUUCUAUGUGAGCCUGAGGGUAAUUUAAUUAGCUGUUUACUACUAUAUUCUACAGGCUGCCUGAAUACUGAUGUGAUUUUUUUUUCAUUGCCUUUAACCCCACACAAGGCCUGAUAACCAAUUCUAGAUUCCUCCUAUUUUCCUGAGGUUGAUGUUACCUACAACGCCCUCUCUGGUACCACUACCUGAAUUUGUCAGUGCACUGAAACUGAUUGCGGUUAAUUUAAGGACAGAAAGAAUUUAUGAAAUGGCUUAUUGGAUAGGAUAAUUUAACCCUCAAAUCUCAGUGAUCUAACACACAAAUUUCACUCAUCCUUUUUAACAUAUUCAGUGAGGCCUGAAGGUAGGUCCCCACAUUAUCACUUGGGGACCCGGAACGAUGGAAGAUCCACUAUCUGGAAAGUUGUCAUUGCAUCAAGGGAAGAGAAACGUGCAGGGUCUUUUCACUGCCCCAGUUUGGACUUAUCACAUGUCCUUGCCUACGUGCAAGAGGGAUAGGAAAUGGAGACUACCAUCUGCCUAGAAAGGAAGGGAGAAAUGGAUAGUGGUGAGUAAUAGUAAUGUCUACCACAGAAGAGUAGGAAGCUGUUCACGAUGCUUACAGAAUUCCUACAGAACAAGAAAUAGGAGGGAGAUAAGGGAGGGAAGGUACAGACAAGAACCUGCCACUUGAAUAAUCAGUUUGGAUACCGACCCUGGCCCCAUCACCUGCCACACUCAGUAUCUCACUGCUGACCUUCAUACCUUUGGAAGGAUCUUCCAUAAUGUUAACGCGGGACUCCACUAUACCCAAAACCCAGUGCUGUCGAGUCAAUUCCACUAUAGCAACCACAAAUAAUCUACCACUGAACGUCCUUAAGGCUCAAAAUUCCAGGUAGGAACAUCUGAUUAGCAUCUCAAGCAGUUUAAGUCAUGUGCCCAUCUUUUAGCUGCAAGGGGUGGAGAGAGGAAAUUUCUAUUUCAGCUUCCAUACUGCUGCUUUUCAAACUUAGGACUCCCAGUAAACGAAGGGUGCUCAGAUUCUGGGCAGCCAAAACAUAAAAAUGUGAACUAUGUAGUUCAGUAUUUUGUAUUUUUAGGAAUUUUAUAUGAAUAGAAUCAUACAGUAUGUACUGUUUUUUUUUUUUUUUUUUUU